GGCUCUUCUCUCUUCAAAAAUCCAACACUUGCAGCAACCUCAAACGUUACCCUCUCAAAACCCAGAAAACUACGAACCCAAGUGGACAGAAAGUGAGUUAAGUGAAAGCAAAAGUCUUAACUCCCCCUCUUGGCUCUUACUUGGCCUCAAGAACCCAAAACCCAACACCGUAAUAAAAGAACCAAAGCAGAAAUGAACCCAGAAUUGCAGACAAUGUUUCUGGUUUUCUUGCUUCUGUUUCUGAAUCCUCUGCUUCAUGCUUCUGCUCUAAACCAGGAAGGUCUGUACCUCCAGCGAGUCAAGCAAAGCCUUUCCGACCCAACCAAUGCCCUCUCCUCCUGGAACGACCGAGACGACACGCCAUGCAAUUGGCGCGGCAUUUCCUGCGACUCGGUAACGGGACGAGUCAAUUCGGUGAACCUUUCUGAUUUCCAACUAGCCGGACCUUUCCCAGUUUUCCUUUGCCGCCUUCCUUCUAUUAGCUCCAUAUCUCUCGUCAACAACUUCAUCAACUCAUCCCUGCCCGCGGAUCUCUCCACCUGUCAAAAUCUAACGACCCUCAAUCUCUCACAGAACCUCAUUGUGGGGUCUCUCCCGAACUCCCUCGCGGAAAUUCCGACACUGAAAAAUCUAAUUCUCUUCGGAAAUAACUUCUCAGGUGAAAUUCCCGCGAGUUUUGGACGAUUCCAACGGCUCGAGCUGUUGAGUUUGGCGGGAAAUCUCCUCAACGGAACGAUUUCUCCUUUCCUGGGAAACAUUUCGACUCUCAAAGAACUCGACCUCGCUUAUAACCCGUUUUUGCCGAGUCAUAUACCAAGCGAACUCGGUAACCUAACGAAUCUCGAGCAGCUCUUUCUCGCCGGUUGUAACCUCGUGGGUCAGAUUCCGCCACGUUUCAGUCGUUUGAGUGGGCUUAUAAAACUUGAUUUGUCCUUCAACCGGCUCACUGGGUCAAUCCCCAGUUCGAUUUCCGAGUUGAAGAAAAUUGAGCAACUUGAGUUAUAUAACAACUCUUUAUCCGGUGAGUUGCCUUUAACUAUGGGGAAUUUAACUACAUUGAAGCGAUUCGAUGCGUCCAUGAACGAGUUAACAGGGACAAUUCCGACCGGGUUAUGCGGGUUACAGCUUGAGUCAUUGAAUCUUUUUGAUAACAGGCUUGAAGGGACUUUACCAGAGAGCAUAACUCGGUCAAAAGACUUGCGCGAGCUGAAAUUGUUCAACAACAAACUCAGUGGGCGUUUGCCGAGUCAACUCGGUGCAAACUCGCCAUUGCAAAGUCUGGAUUUGUCUUACAAUCAAUUUUCUGGUGAAAUCCCGGAGAAUCUGUGUGCAAAGGGGCAAUUAGAGGAUCUGGUUUUGAUUUACAACUCAUUUUCGGGUAAAAUCCCGGAAAGUCUAGGCAAAUGCUGGAGCUUGGGCCGGGUUCGGUUCAAGCACAACCGUUUCUCGGGCCGGGUCCCAGACGGGUUCUGGGGACUACCCAGAGUAUUCUUGCUUGAACUUGCUGAAAAUUCCUUUAGUGGGCAAAUUUCAAAGACGAUCUCAAGUGCUCAUAACCUCUCAAUUCUCUCAAUUUCCAACAACCCGUUUUCCGGGUCGUUAGCUGAUGAAAUCGGGUCAUUGGUGACACUGGUAGAAAUAUCUGCUAGUGGAAACGGGUUCACGGGUCGGAUUCCAGGAUCUUUUGUGAAAUUAAGGCAGUUGGUUAGGCUUGAUCUUAGUGACAAUGAGCUUGAUGGAGGGAUCCCGGAAGGAAUUAAGGGAUGGACGAAUUUGAAUGAGCUAAAUUUGGGUAACAAUAGACUAUCUGGUAGUAUUCCUAGUGAUAUUGGCAGCUUGCCUGUGCUUAAUUAUCUUGAUCUUUCCAGUAACUCAUUUUCUGGGAAAAUCCCAAUUGAGUUGCAGAAUUUAAAGCUCAAUGUGCUUAAUUUGUCGAAUAAUCGACUUUCAGGAGAGCUCCCUCCUAUUUAUGCUAAGGACAUGUACAGGAAUAGCUUUGUGGGGAAUCCCGGACUAUGUGGUGAUUUGGAGGGUCUUUGUCCAACGAUUGGUAAAUCUAAGAACCAGGGUUACAUGUGGAUCCUCAGAUGCAUCUUUGUACUUGCUGGCUUGGUUUUUGUUGUAGGAGUCGUUUGGUUCUACAUGAAGUACCGGAGUUUCAAAAAGAACAAGAAAGGAGCUACCAUAUCGAAGUGGAGAUCGUUUCAUAAGCUUGGGUUUAGUGAAUUUGAGAUUGCUGAUUGCCUCAAGGAAGAGAAUGUGAUAGGAAGUGGAGCUUCUGGCAAAGUUUACAAAGUUGUGCUUAGAAAUGGUGAAGCAGUGGCAGUGAAGAAACUCAGUGGAGGUGUUAAGAAAGGGGAUUCUUUGAGUGCUGAUACAGAGAGAGAUGAGUUUGAAAGUGAAGUUGAAACACUGGGAAAGAUUAGACACAAGAAUAUUGUGAGACUGUGGUGUUGUUGCAAUGCUGGAGAUAGCAAACUUUUAGUUUACGAGUAUAUGCCGAAUGGGAGCUUGGGGGAUUUGUUGCACAGUAGCAAGGGGGGCUUGUUAGAUUGGCCCACUAGGUAUAAGAUUGCUUUAGAUGCAGCUGAGGGAUUGUCCUAUUUGCAUCAUGACUGUGUUCCUCCAAUUGUUCAUCGGGAUGUGAAAUCAAACAAUAUAUUGUUAGAUGGAGAAUUUGGUGCCAGAGUUGCAGAUUUUGGAGUUGCUAAGAUCGUUAAAAGAGUUGGGAAAGGUGCAGAAUCAAUGUCUGCGAUUGCGGGUUCGUAUGGUUACAUUGCACCAGAAUAUGCCUAUACCCUAAGAGUGAAUGAGAAGAGUGAUAUCUACAGUUUUGGGGUUGUCAUCUUAGAGCUGGUUACUGGGAAACCCCCAACUGAUCCAGCGUUUGGGGAGAAAGAUGUGGUAAAAUGGGUCUGUGCUACCUGCGACCAAAAGGGUGUGGAUCAAGUAAUCGACCCGAGACUGGACUCUAAGUACAACGAAGAAAUUUGCAGGGUACUCGAUAUUGGUCUCCUCUGCACUAACGCUCUUCCCAUCAACCGCCCUUCAAUGAGGAAGGUGGUGAAAUUGUUGCAAGAGGCUGGAGGGGAGAACAAGGCCAAAGCUGGUAAGGAUGGAAAGCUCUCCCCAUAUUUUUACAACGAGGAAGCCUCUGAUCAAGGUAGUGUAGUAUAAUUCUAUCAGUUGAAACUGGAGAAUCCCUCUGAAAUCCAACUUGCUCACGCGUGGUAGGUUUCCUGGGGGAAAGGAAAUGGUACAGUAGCACGAGAGGGCAAUAAAAAUUGACAGUGCCCCACUGCGAGAAGUAUACCAAGGAGUUAGAAGACCACAGAGUAAGACAUUGGACAGUGUCGAGUGUCUGGAAUUCUGAUUGGUGUUUCUUCUCUGGUUAGGUAAUGGUAACAAGGCAAAAAUGAAGAAUGCAAAACAUUUAUUUCCAUAAGCAAGUAAGCAACCGCUGUAGCACAAUUGUACAAAUAGUUUGUCAAAAUUUUGAAAAAGAUCCCAAUCUAGAGUGUGCUCAUUCUCCUUUUUAUUUAUUUAUAAUUUUUAUACCUA